GCGGCUGACGGCCGCGAUGAGCGUGGAGGCUCUCGCACAGGAGCUACUGGAGACGAAGCGAGAGCUCGGCCGACUGAUGGAGACGGUCGAGAACCAGAACCAGACGAUCACAGGGCUCCAGACGGAGCGAGCCGACGCAGAUGCAGCGAGUCGGCAGCAGUCGACGAAGGCUUUCGCCAACGCGAUUAUCGGAGACAAAGGGAAGCCGCCGACCUUCGACAACACGAAGAAGCUAGACUUCCAUGAUUGGGCGUUCAAGUUCAAGGCGUACAUCGGCAACCAGAGUCGGAAGUGCUUAGAGGGAAUGACCCAGGUCGAGUACGGCCAGAACCAGCUGAACUACGCCAACUACGACGACGAGUGGAGACAGAUGGCGCAGUCGCUGUUCUACCAGCUCACGAUGUAUACGGAGGGCACCCCGCUCGGCAUCAUCCGCAAGGUCAGUAACCAAGACGGAUUCGAGGCAUACCGCAGGCUGAGCUCCCAGUAUGACCCUCAGAACAUGGGCAGCAUUCUAUCGAGACUGAUGAGGGUGCUGGAGUUCGACUUCGGCGGAGAAGCGGAUUUCCUCGACAACAUGGCGAAGUUCGAGAUUUCGAUCGAAGAGUACGAGAAGCUGGCGAGCGAGGCCCUCAGCGACAACAUCCGCUCGGCGGUCUUGAUCGCGCGAGCCCCUGAGGCCUUGAGGAACCACGUGCUGCUGGGGACACCCAAGGAGGAGAUCCAGUGGGCGAGGAUCAAGAAGGUGGCCGCCGACUUCCUGCUCACGAAGCAGUCCAUGCCUGGUGGCCCUGCGCCGAUGGACAUCGGCGCCAUCAACAGCAAGGGCGGAAGAGGAUACGGCAAAGCCAAAGGCAAAGGCAAGGGCAAAGGCAACGACACCAGAGGUAAGGGCAAGGACAGGAGCAGCGGCGGUGGCAUCGCCGGCGGAGAGAAGAAGUUCCAGGGACACUGCGGACGAUGCGGCAAGUGGGGGCACAAACAGAAGGACUGCUACGCCAAGAUCCACAACGUGAGCACCUGGGACGGCAGCGGCUGGGACGGCAACACCUGGGACGAGAAGUGGGGGAGCUGGGACACCACCAACGAGAAGGAGAAGGGUGCGGCCUCCUCCCACGAGGACGCCAGCGCCUCCAUCAGUGCCAACGCCCUCCAGUGCUCCGAGUGCGAGGACGCUGCGUGGAUCUUCGCCGUCGGCACGCUUGAGGGCCCGAGCGGAACAAGAGUUGGCCAGACGGUUGACAUCAUGGUGGACACUGGCGCCAACAAGUCGGUGUGCGGGCCCAGCGACUUCCCCGACUACCCCACUAUGCAGGACAGGAGGCUGGAGAUCAAGGUCGCCAACGGGACCUCCCUGAAGCACUACGGCGACAAGCAGGUGAACUUGAAGACGCCGAAUGACGACGAGAUCAGUGUGAGAUUCCACGUCACGGAGGUGACGCAACCGAUCCUGAGUGUCAACAGCAUCAACAAGGCAGGAGCUGGGGUGGAGUUCCCACCGUCAGGCUCGACGGGCCCACCCUCGAUCACGCGGGAUUCGAGGAGCGGGCGAUCACGGCUUGGGCUGAAGAGGAGGCUCGGCCUGUUCUUCCUGCGCGCGACGGUGAUGAGCUACGUCGGCACCAAGAUCGGCGCGGACGGCCUGGUCGUCUACAACACGGCGACGGGCGUCCCCGAGGAGUACAUCGCUGCGCAGGUGGACCAGCCGAUGGAGCAAGAAGUCAGGCCCGAGGCUACGGUGAUGACGGCUCCCAGGGAGCCGACACGAGCCGAGAGGGAGGCUCACGAGGCCCUCCACUGUCCAUACGCAGCGUGGUGCGCGGACUGUGUAGGGGGGCGAGGCCUGGACGACAGGCAUGAGAGGAUCAAAGAGGUAGAGGGUGUGCCUGUGAUCCAGAUCGACUACAUGUUCGGCAAGACGCAUCGUGACGAGAAAGUGCACCCAGUCAUGAAUGCCAUCGACAACGUAUACCACUCUACGGCCUCGGUAUGGUGCGAGGCGAAAGGUGGAGGAGACCUGUUUCUCCUGAAGUGUCUCAAGCGGUGCGUGGAGAAGCUCGGGUUUGAGAAGGUUAUCAUCCAGUGCGACCCCGAGAAUGCGGCCAAGGACGUGGCGGCCAAGGUCGCGAGGGACAUCGGGAACAACGCGACCUUCAGGUGCACACCGAAGACGAGCAAGGGGAGCAACGGCAUGGUGGAGAGGUUCCACUCGUUCAUCGAGGGUAUGACGAGGACCUGGAGGAGAGCCAUUGGGGCAAAGUACGGUAUCGUGGUCGAGUUGAGGCAUCCCCUGAUGGCCUGGAUCGUGCGCCACGCAUCGUGGACUCACGACCGCUUCCUCAUCCACCGCUCCGACUACAAGACGUCCUACGAGCGUCAGCACGAGAGGCAUUAUGCCAAGAAGGUCCUACCACUCGGCGAGACGGUCAUGUGGAGGCAACCUGGGCCUAUCGCCGCCAAGUUCGAGUCCGCGUGGGGCUACGGCAUCUACCUCGGGCGGUCGUUGGAGGACGACUCCCACAUCUGCGGCACCAGGCAUGGCAUCGUCGUGGCGAGGUCCGUACGGAGGCUCGUGGAGAGCGAGCGCUACGACAAGCAGCUGCUCCUGGCCAUGAAGGGCAUCCCGAGCGACACGAAGGCGCCGAAUGCAUCCACGCCUGUGGCAGACAGACCAGCCCCCGACCUCGACCUCCCGCAGCCCGCCAGGCUUCCGCGACCAGCGGACGCCGCGCCCGAGGAGGGGCAGGCAGGCCCCCAGGAGGGGGAGGUGAGGUCCGAGGAGCCGCAGGAGGGGGACCCAGGAGGCGCCGAGGCAGCCGCCGACGGCGACGAGGCCAUGGACGACGUAGAGGACGCACCACAGCCCGUCACGAAGAGGAGGGGGUUGCCUCCUAACGAGCCGCGUGGCAAGCGGGCCGCGGCAGAGAGCGCAGCUGCACCUGAGGUGAAGCGUGCAGCAGUCGAGGAGCCUGAGAGCUCGGCUGGCAAGCGGGCCGGCGAUGAGGCGCCUGCGGAAGGCGAGGCGCACAAGGAGAGGAGAAUUGCUACGGUGAAGGUUGGCAGCGUGUCCGUCGCCAACUUGAUGGGCUACCCCGACGACACCGAGCUCUGCGCGCCGUGCGAGCUCGACCCCAACUUCGAGCUGCUGAGCGAGGCGUACUACGACGACGACGACGGUGAGUGCCUCGACCCCGACGCCGUCCGCGAGGGGAUCAAGAGGGAGGCGAACUUCAUGGAGUCUCUCGGCGUCGGCGAGGUCGUGGCGCGACCCCGAGACAUGAAGGUGUGGGGCACGAGGUUCGUCGUGAAGCAGUUCAGGGACGCCCAGGCGGGGGAUUCCUUCGCCUGCACCCCGCGCACGGAGGCUGUGCGCGUGCUGAUGGCGGCGGCGCUGAUGCUCAAGCACGUCAUCGUGACAACGGACUUCAGCGUGGCGUUCAUGCACACGCCCGUGAAGGACGGCACCGAGAUCUAUGUGGAGAUGCCGCCCGAGUACGGCAUGGGGCAUGGAUACGUGUGGAGACUGAAGAGGUCUCUGUAUGGGCUCAGAGAGGCAGCGCUACGAUUCCAGGAGUUCCUGGAGAGCAUCGUGGUCGGUAUCGGAUUCAAGGUCUGCAAGGCGGAGCCCACUAUAUACCAUCACAUCGAGAAGGGCAUCAGGGUCGUGGUCCACACGGACGAUCCUCUUGCCUCAGGUCCCACGCGGGGAGUGCUCGACGAGUUCUUCGACGAGCUGGCCAAGCACCUCGCGAUCAAGGGGCGGUACGUCCUGGGCGAGAACCCCGUGAUCUACCUCGGCUCGUCGCUGCAGAGGUUCGGGGACGUGAUCGUGGAGAAGAGCAAGCCCGGGUACGUCGAGAGCAUCCUCGACGCGGCGGGGAUGCUGGGCUGCAGGCCUGUGGGCACGGCUGGGGUCAGGCCAGACCUCACCCCGCCCGGGGCCGAGCAGCCGCUCAACAGCGAGGAGCACUCGCUGUACAGGAGGUGCUGCGGGAAGAUCCAGUACGCGAUCCUGCGGAGGCUGGACGUGAUGCACCCGCUGAAGGAGCUCGGUCGUCGGCUGAGCGAGCCGAGGGUGGCCGACAUGAAGUGCCUGAAGCACCUCCUCCGCUACCUCAGCGGGACGGUCGACCUGGCCAUGGUUCACCGCUCCACGAAGGACUACAAGCGCAUCCGAGGUAGCACCGACUCGGACUGGGCGGGAUGCCACGAGACCCGCAAGUCGACAGCAUGCGGGAUCGUGCGGUGGUGCGGGGUGGUCGUCAGUGCCUACGCCCGCACGGAGUCAGUGCUCGCCCAGUCGAGCCCUGAGGCCGAGUACCUGGGGGCCGUGGAGCUGGCGGCGGAGAUGCUGUACGUGAGGGAGCUCGUCAAGUUCAUGGGCUUCGACGCGUCGCUGGAGAUCGAGUGCGACGCGUCCUCCGCCAUCGCGAUCGCCUCGCGGCGCGGACUCGGCAGGUUACGACAUCUGGAGGUGAAGUGGCUAUGGCUCCAGCAGCUGGUCGGUACGGGCCAGAUCAAGAUCGUGAAGGUGAAGGGCACGGAGAACCUCCCCGACGUAGGGACGAAGUUCCUGGGGAAGGGUGCGCUCGAGAAGUGCCGCACCAUGCUUGGUCUGGUCCCGAUCGACGCCCUCGGGAAUGGCAUCGUGGCUGCCCUGAGCGCGUCCCGAGGAGCACGGUACCUGGCGACGUUCAUGGUCCUCGUGAACGGCGUGAAGGCCCAGCCAGCCACGCCCGACGGCGGACCCGACCCACACCUGGCGAUCGUGGUGGUCUGGUCGGUCCUCUGCAUGCUCGUGGGCGUGAUGCUGUGCUGGUGUGGCUGGUGCGUGUGCCUAUACCUCCCGAGGUCAGCUGCAGGACGGACGGGCAAGGGCUGCUCCAAGGGUCAGCCCAGUGAGAGCUCGGAGAGGGGCAGAUCGGAGCCAGAACCCGAUCCGCCUCCAGCACCCGACGCUCCCCGCGAUCAAUGUCGGGAGCCGUCGGAGCCGCGUGGCAGGGGCGUGCUGCUGUUCCACCUGGACACGGUCGGGACCUCGAUCCACUCGAGUCCGAACUGCCAGGCUCUGCGCGAUCGGCACCACCCGCUGGUGACGAGGAGCGGGUGCCUGAUCUGCGCGCGGGUGCUGGGCCAGGGGGUGCGCAUGCUGCACCACACGGACAGUGUCGAGAGUGCG